GAGAACGGGGGCAACUUGUGCUGGGGCAGGCUGGUGGAGCACCUUAGUCUUCCGAGUAUUGAGGGAAAGUCCCAGGCUAUGAUAGGUGCCUGAGAAGAGAUCUAGGUGGGUUGCAAGUCAGCCUUAGUGUGUGCGAGGAUAGCACAGUCAUCCCCAUACUGAAGGACAGUAAUAAUAGUCCUGGUGACUUUAGUUUGAGAAUGAAGACAUCGCAAAUUGAAAAGCAGGCCAUCCAUGCAAUACUCAUCCCAUCAUAGAGUAGCCUGAGAACAUGAAUGAACUUCAAUGAACUACUGAACCUAGUCAGCACCUUUGAUAAUGCUUCACGAUUGAUUGAAUCAAAGGCCUUAGAUCAAUAAAUGCCAUAAAGAAUGGCUGGUGUCAUUCUCUACACUUCUCUUGGAUCUGUUGUGCAAAAAAACCAUGUUGGUGGUGCCCCAUGACAGUCUGAAACCACAUUGGGAUUCCUGAAGGACGUCUUCGGCAAGAAGGAGGAGACAGUUCAAAAGGAUGCGAGCAAGGAUCUUCCCGGCAGUGGAGAAGAGGGCAAUACCUUGGGAAAGCUGACAGCAAGGGAGCGAAUUCUUCUGUUGCUGGACCCUGGCAGUUUUGUUGAGUAUGACAUGUUCGUGGAACACAGAUGUGCAGACUUUGGGAUGGAGUCUGAUCAGAAUAAGUAUCCUGGAGACAGUGUGGUAACUGGCCAGGGCCGGAUUAAUGGGAGACUGGCUUAUGUCUUCAGUCAGGAUUUUACUGUAUUUGGAGGGAGUUUGUCCGGUGCUCAUGCCCAAAAGAUCUGCAAGAUCAUGGAUCAGGCUGUCAUGGUUGGGGCUCCUGUAAUUGGGUUGAAUGACUCUGGAGGAGCCCGUAUCCAGGAAGGAGUAGAAUCUUUGGCUGGCUAUGCUGAUAUCUUCUUGAGAAAUGUUCUGUGCUCAGGAGUAGUCCCACAGAUCUCCCUCAUCAUGGGUCCCUGUGCUGGUGGAGCAGUCUACUCGCCUGCUUUAACAGAUUUCACAUUCAUGGUGAAGGACACAUCCUAUCUGUUCAUCACUGGCCCUGAUGUAGUCAAGUCGGUUACCAAUGAAGAUGUUACCCAGGAACAGCUUGGGGGAGCAAAGACACACACUGCAGUAUCGGGGGUCGCACAUAGAGCCUUUGAGAAUGAUGUAGAUGCUUUGCUCAAUCUCAGGGAGUUCUUUAAUUACCUACCUCUCAGUAACCGUGAUCCAGCCCCAGUUCGCAAAUGCCAUGAUCCUAGUAACCGCUUAGUUCCAGAGCUGGACACAGUUGUCCCAAUGGAGUCUACUAAAGCCUAUGAUAUGGUCGACAUUGUACAUUCGCUCGCAGCAUCUACCCCUGAGGAUUCUGUCCAAAUCUCAUUCUUGCAGAUUGUUGAUGAGAGGGAAUUCUUUGAAAUCAUGCCCUCCUAUGCCAGGAACAUCAUUGUUGGAUUUGCAAGGAUGAAUGGAAGAACUGUUGGAAUACUGGGUAAUCAACCCAAAGUGGCAUCAGGGUGUUUAGACAUAAAUUCUUCUGUGAAGGGAGCCCGUUUUGUUCGAUUCUGUGAUGCUUUCAACAUUCCUCUGAUCACUUUUGUGGAUGUUCCUGGAUUUCUGCCAGGCACAGCUCAGGAGUAUGGAGGAAUCAUACGUCAUGGUGCAAAACUACUGUUUGCCUUUGCAGAAGCAACUGUCCCAAAAAUUACUAUCAUCACCAGAAAGGCUUAUGGGGGUGCAUAUGAUGUGAUGAGUUCGAAGCAUUUACGAGGAGAUGUUAAUUACGCAUGGCCUACAGCAGAGGUUGCAGUAAUGGGUGCAAAGGGUGCGGUCCGGAUCAUUUUCAGAGGAAAAGAGACAGAUGCAGAAGCAGAAUAUGUGAAUAAGUUUGCAAAUCCCUUCCCUGCGGCUGUCAGAGGGUUUGUUGAUGAUAUCAUUGAACCUUCUACCACUCGAAUCCGCAUUUGCCGUGAUCUGGAAGUGCUGGCUAGCAAAACGCAAUCCAAUCCCUGGAAGAAGCAUGCGAACAUUCCACUGUGAAUAUGAUGAAGAAUUGGUUACAAAAUGAAGCCACUUUUGAGACAUGCAGAAAUGUUCUGAAUACGUAUAUUCUUUAGUUAAAGUGGAGAACUUGAACUUAGCAUUAUGAACAUUUCUUUUAAUUUUAAUUUCCUUAAGUAUUAUAUAGCAAUAAAUUUUGAGAGAGUGAUUUUAUCUGGUAUAACAUGAUUACUUUUAAUUAACAGAUUCUUUAUUCAGCCAACAGUCCUGAAAUUGCUUCCUCCUUAGAAAUCAUGAGUCCAAACGGAUUCCAAGACCUUAGGGUCUGAUCUUCUGGGAUGGAGACAGGGAAGGAAUGUCCCUUGAGUCCAUUGGCUUUCCAUCGUUGUUUGGCACAGACAGAAAGGGCUCCAAUAGAGAAUCAUGCCUUUGUAUCCAGUCAGACCUUGGUAUAGUUAGGAUUUGGGCAGGACAACGGUCUGGGAAGGAUGCAUCAUCUCUGGAUCCUGGCUUGUUGGUUCCGUCCCUGUAUUACAGCACCCAUCAAAUUUGUUAGCCAAAACUCCCAGUAUGCUCCCUCUAAUGGUGCUGAUGGUAGGGUUCUUAUUGCAUUUGGAACCAUCCUGAAUGCAGAGGCUUGAGGAAUUUGCUCUUGGGCUCCAUGGUUUCACUUCCUCUAAUGUUCUCUCCAGAACAGCUAGUUUUACGCACCCAUUGAAGCAACACUCUUUGGGUGAGAUUGCAUUCUCAUAUGUGGGUGUAAUAACACUUGGUGGGUAGAAACUUAAUUGUUUGUCUAAUUAAAGUUGGAUUUAAUGAAAGGGGUAAAAUGUGCAAAAGUAUCCUGACAUUGCUCAAUUCAUUGUUACUUUUAUCACAACUUUCUAUUGCUCUUUGUGACAAGAGCUUGACAGAAAGUAAAUUAAUAUAUAACAGUGGAAAUUGGUGAUGGAUAAUUGAAAAUAAACACGGUGUGCAAAUUACUGCACUCCAACAUGCAGAUUUGUGCAUUUGGGGAAUUUAAAUAGCACACUGAGUGGUGUGUUAAGUGCUUUGUGUGUAUGGGACUGAUGCCUUGUUCCUGUGGGGUGUGAUGUUGCGGAUUGUCAGAAAUCAAGACCUACAGCAGAGCCAGUCUCUGGGCAACCUAACAAGCGCAGCCAGCAUGUAAUAGGCUGCCUGAUUGGCUUCACUGCCUGAGUGGUGGGAAGAGCCAGCAGACAGGCUCUUAAGUUCAGCAGCUGCUCAAAGCAUUCACCCACAGCUGUGGUAGUUCCUACACCUACUUGUUCCCAGUCUUGCUCCCACCUUCUUCCAGCCCUGCUCCGGUCUUUCCCCAGUCUUGCCUUGCUUCAAGUAACAGGCUUUUGACGCUCGGCUCCAAUUCCUGUCUUUUUUUUUUUACUCUGGCAUUUGACUUUUGACUCUGGUUCUGACCCUGAGCUCCAAUUCCUGACUAUCUACUCCUGCUCCAACCACUAGACGCAACCACAAUGUGCUGGUCUGUAACACAGAUGUAGGUGUCAUGUGUGAGGACGUUGGCAUUGCUUCAAUUAUGUGAUUUUUCGCUUUUUAAUUUUCAUGUAUAAGGUUUAUUUGUUGUAUGUAUGACACUGAGAAAAUGAAAUUAAAAUCCACAAAGAAAGAGAA